GCAAAUUUGUCCAUUUCACUUCUUUCACAUGUUCCUUAUUGGGAUGUAUGUUGUAGAUAAAAUGUCAACAUUUGUAUUCAUUUUAGACAUCGACAUUUCCCUUUUUUGGGACAUUUUGGCUCAAUUUUAGACAUUUCUCUUAUCGACAACAAAAAGCCCCCCCUCCCUCUUUUUAAAUCUCCUUCUCCCAAAUCUCCCCCUCCUUCUGUAAUCCAUCUCUCCUUUCUAAAAAUGUCCUUCUGUCCUACUUUCGAGUCUUUUCCAGCUCCCUGUCUCUCCACUCUGCCCAUCUCCCCACCCCUAAACCUCAGCUACACCAGCAGUCCAGUCCCCCCAAGGGGACAUUUGUUCCAGAACCCGGAGGCUUCAUAAGAGGAUGACACCCCCGCAUAAGGAGCCGUCAAUCACCUCAAUCCUAAACCAAGAAGCAAGCAAAGACAGCCAGUAGGAAGUUCUUUUUACUCGGAACCAAAAGACCAUGGCAUCACACAUCCCAGCUCUCCCACAGUCCUACACUCCAGGCACUGACAGCGUCUUCUCUGACCAGUCUGGCUUCUACUCCCUGGACUCUAAUGUUCCUGGUCUCUCCAAAGUCAUCCUCAACAAUCUCAACCUGACUGACUAUGGACAGUACAGGGCUGCCCUGGAUGGACAGACUAAAGGAAUCGCCUUCCGUAACUACAAGGAGAUGUUCCAGAAGAUGGAGGAUACCUUCAAGUUCUGCACCGGCUGCAACAAACUUCAGGAACAUCUGACCGAGGGUCAGAUCCUGAAGCGAUGUGUCAAGUGUUUAAAUGUGUACUACUGCACCAAAGACUGCCAGGUAAACAACUGGCCUCAGCAUAAAAAGGUAUGCAAGACGUUGCGUCUCGUGGCCAUCGACAGACUGGUGGAGUGGCUGAUGUUCACCGGAGAUCUUCCACUUGGGACUGAAAAGUGGUCCAAGCCUGCUGCAGAGGUAAAAACCUGGCAGGACUGGCUACCCCUGCAAGAGGACUACCUCACGCCCCGCCUGGACGCCAUCUUGACAUGCGCUAACAUGGAAGCCCUCUGGAAGAACGCCAGCAGGCCCCGACCAGAGGACGCCGACUUGCGUCAGUCCGUGUGGCGAAUUCAGAGCGAAUUCCUCUCCCGCGUCCUCGCAGUGGGUGUCGCUGUGCAGCACUACAAUCUAGACCCUUACGUUAAACCGCUCACGAUUCACAUAGUUGGGGCAUCCCAUAAUGAGACCAUGGGAGCCAGACUGACGGACUACGACGAGCUCAGCAACAUGUUCCCUGGACAUCAGGGCAUGGAGGUGGUCAUGGUGGGACCGGAGGUAGUGGAGGGACCCAUAAUGAGGCCUCCACUCACAGCAUUUGGGCCCAAGCAGAGGGUCUACAUCAGCGCCUAUAAGGGACUCUACCAUCAGUUCUGGGAGGAACUGGUGGAGAAAGAGGAAGCCUCCAAACCAGACCUGGUGGUCGGGUUUCAUCCUGGUUUCCACGCCAACCAAGGUCUGGUGGAAGGUUGGCUCCCCACUCUUCUGCUGCUUCGAGACUACAACAUCCCAGCCUUCUUCACUAUGUACAGUGACAUGGAGCUAAAGUACUCGCUGCAGAUCCUCCUUGAGUUAGAGAUGCACAUUAGGGACAGCGGAGCCAACCCAUUCACAUCACAGAAACCAGAACAGGUUCAGGCCUGUCCCAACAAGCCACCCGUGUAUUGCAAUUCUCACUACGUCGCUUUCCAGGGACUGUUCCCGCAAGAAGACCUUGAGGAGACCAACUAAAAGAUAGACUUUGUUUAACACGGGCGAUGCUUCAUGAACGUGACUUUUUUUGUUGCAUUUUAUUGAAUUCAGACACCAGGGGACUUCUCUUUUUUUUCUGUCAUGCCCCACCAAGGGACAGGAUUUUUUUUUCACGCUGCCCUGAUUUCAAAUACUAGAGAAACUGAUAAUAUGUAAAUAUUCAUUUAUCUGUACUGUACAGACUGAAUUUGAAACUGAAACCAUGAAAAUGCAUCAAAAUGGAGAGCAUACAAUUGUUUUCAAGAGUCAAAUUGUAUGUUGAGUACUACAUAUUUGUACCUGCCAGGUCUGCACUAAAAUGAAAAGCCUCUCAUCAACUGCUUGGGAAGCAAUGCAUCAGAUACAUGCAUGGCAUGGGUGUGCCUAUGCAACAAGACCAAAAUGACUGUAAUCAGGUUUUAGACUACUUAACAGAACAUAUAAAUAGAUUAUACAUUUAUUAUUACAUAAGCACAUGUAUUAGUUUUCCCCAGUGUGUGUUGCAUUUUUGUGGUCAAGCGUGUGCAGACUAAAUACAGCUACUGUAGAUCAGGUGUACAUAGUGGUCAGCAAAUGGUUGUCUUGUAGUUUUUCUUAAAGAUGUUAAUGCAACACUGGCCUCUAGUGGUGACAAUAUGUUAAAACAUCCAAGUCGUUAGCCUCAAAACUGAUCAGUGUCAAAUGCAAUCAAAUAAAUACGUAUUUGUGACUGAUUGUGGAAGGGUAUUGUUAACUGUUUUUUUUUCAAUAAUUAUUUUUUAUUUUAAAGAAAUUACCGUAUGACGUCAAUGUAUAUUUGUAGCACGAGAGGUCCAGAAUAGUUUGGAGUCCUUUCUCGAAAGAAGAGAACAGGUGUUAAUAGGCAGGUCUGGGAGAAGCUCUGCCCCGAGUGGUUGAAUGAGAAGUAAAAUAAACAACAACACCACUUCUGACGAAGCUCCAAAAUGACGGAAAAUGUGCGCUGUUCAGGAGUAGAAGACACAAACAAAUAUGCAUAUCUCUUUCCAGAGAGCCUCCACAGCCCAAAGGUAACACCACGGCCUUCCGUACCCAAAAGGAGAUGUUUGAAAUAAUGGAGGACUCUUUUAAAGUGUGUGCACACUGUGAGAAGAAGUCACAUCACUUAUCAAACCCACAAAGCCUGAAGCGU